AAAGAAAAAUAAUCACAAACAAUUUGGCGAGCGUAAAAAAAUAAAAUAUAUUUAUAUAUAUAUGUAAAUAAUAGAAAACAAGCAAACUUGACACGCCUCGAGGAUAAAUCCGAAAAACCACAAAAGCAAAAGCAGCAGCAGAUCGCAGCAGAGGCAGCCACCAAUUCACUCAAGGUCAACGGAAUUAAUAUUUUUUAAAUGGAAAUCAUUCCUGAAGGUAAACACUUUCGUUUGGUGCAUGAAUCAGAGCUUCCAGAAAUUUUGGUAACUUUAGAACGUUAUCUGCCGGAAUCAUUAAAGUUUCAUCAAACCAUAAAAACGUACCUGAAUGAUCGUAUUUGGGACUUUAAAUUUUAUGUUGCUAAAGAUUGGCCCGACAAACCGAUAAUUCUUCACUUUCCAGGAUGCACGCUUGCGCCGCACAACAAUAUAUACCAAACUCUUGGCAUAUUUUGUCCAUCCGCACACAUCGAGCAUGUCGAUUUGAUGCGCACCGAAGAUGUACUUAUAGAUUGGCGGAAGCCUAUGUACCUGAACUUUACGCACAUCGCCAUCAUGAAUCGCCUGGAUGACUUCUAUUCGAAAAUCGGAGUGAUGGAGCGACUAAGUGGUGAUAUCUAUGUGUGCAACAAGCUGAAUACCGACCUCGAACUGGAUCCGUUGCCGGAGGAUGCGGAGAUGCGUCUGCUGAACCUCGACAAUGUGCAGGGCAUUCACGAUUUGUAUCCUGCUAACGAAAUCGAAUGCGUUCAACUGUUCGACAUCCUCGUCCGAAAGCUUCCGGGGCUGGGCAUCUUCCGUAAGGAGACCGGCGAGCUGGCAGCCUGGAUGGUUCACUCCUACUACGGUGCUAUGUUCUCAAUGCAAACACGUCCAGACUUUAGGCGCAUGGGGUAUGGCAUCCGUUUGGCCAAGUCGCUGACCCAGCUGGUGAUCGAACGGGGCUAUACUCCUUUCGUAGUGAUUCGUCCCGGGAAUGAUGCUUCCCGAAAUCUGUACACUAAGCUGGGCUACGAGAAGGCUUUCGAGACUUGCCGGGUGCGGAUGACGCCGGACUGCUACGAGGACAGCACUGUGGGCACCAUCGCCAACUCGUCCUACGCCAAGUUCCCGCCGCUGCCGCAGGGCGAGUGCGUGGUGGUGACAAAGCUGCCCAGGAAGCAUGUGCCUGGUGAGAGCCAAACCGUGGAUGAGGGCAUCGAGGACAUGUUGGCUGAAAAAUGUGAUAUCAGCAGCGACGAGGCAAGGGAGCGCAAGACCACGACCGACGAGGGAAUCGGCGAGGACAAGUAGGCCAGGAUGGGAACAGGAUAAAUGGCAUGCUUUACAAGAUAUACAUCAAUCGAUCGGAGCGCUGCACCUGCGCUAAACUUAUGCUUAAAGCUGUAAGCACCUCUUAGGACUCUUUAGGAAAGACAGGACAUGGCACAACAAGUGGCGUUGAUUUUUUAAACAAUUAUAUUAAUGGGAAAACCAAGAAACUGUACGAGUAUAUUUAUAGAUGGUAUAUGAAGCUUCCUCACACAGAACGGCGUCGAUCGGAGAAUGUAAAUUUCGGCCGGAAUCAAGGGAUUUAUUUUAUAAGGGUAUUGAUAAUGAUUCAAUGUCAAGAACUACACAAUAACUCGGGGGGCUUAAAUAGAACGUGGAAGCUCCGAAGCCAGAAAUUUUAAACGGGAACCGAACACAGAGAGAAAUUUUUAAUUUUUUGCUAAAAAUGCUUUUACAAAAAUGAACUCCAAGAACGAACAAAUAAACAAACAAACAAAAAACACAACAUAGUAAAAGGCUCAAAGCAAAACCAAGGAGCGCAUCAAUUUAUUAAAACUAUUAUAUAUUAACUCUAUAUAUCGAAUUGUUAAACAAAACUAAACAACACUCACACAAACUAUUUCUCUCUAUUCUGGCUCUCCACGCAAAAUCUCUGAAACAGGAUAAUAUAUUUCGAAACAAUGGUUUUUGGUAUCAGAAACAAACACAAAAUAACUCGCUUGGGCCACGAAACAGAGCUUUGCACACUUUUCCCUCUCUUUUUAAAUGAACCCUGUUUCUGAAUAAACAUAUACGAGUAUAUUUUUUCAAAUAUGUAUUUAUUGAAUACUUUCGAUGACCCAAACGAAGUGCUUUGAUUUUAAAUGGCCGUGUACCAACUACAUUUGGAUUUAUAGGCUUUUUUCAAAUUUAUAUAUACCCAACCCAAAAAAUUAAAAAAAGAAAAACAAAAAUAUAAAGAUAAAUAUAUAUUUUAUUAUUACGAAAUUUUAUUAAACUACGCAAACGAGUACUCAAUGAUUUUGCUCCUAUUUAGCUGAUGAUGAACUAAAAA